AUGAACAGACAAACGUUUUGUGACCAGAUCGUUAAGGGUCUAGAAAAUGUGUGGAAUGAAAACAUUUUAUUUGACUUCGCUGUGAAAGUUCAGGAUGAAACCAUCCAAUGUCAUCGUCUCAUCCUAGCGGCGUGUUCAGAUUUUUUCAAGGCGCUGUUCAGAUCUGGUAUGAAAGAAGUCACAGAAAACUGUGUUGUGCUAAAAGAUGUUUCAUGUGAAGUUUUCCGCUUAAUCAUCAAUACUAUUUAUACAGGAACAAAUCUGAUAACUGUAGACAAUUUUAAUGAAGUGUGGCGAGCAGCACAUAUGCUGCAGAUAAACUUUCUGGUAACAUUUUGUGAGGAGUUUGCUAUUAAAACAUGUUCAUUGGACACCUGGGAAAACUAUUAUCUACACGCAAAACUUUUGGGUUCAGUAAAAGUUCUCGAUAAAAUCCACACAUUCAUGUUGAAAAACUUUGAACAAAUUCAACAGUCAACAACGUAUCUUCAGAUGUCCUUUCAAGAAGUUCAGGAAUUGAUAGAAAAUGAGGAUCUGUUUGUCAGCAACGAAGAUGUAGUUCUUGAAGCUGUGAUAAGAUGGGUCGAAUAUGUUGAUGAAAUGCCGCCACGCGAGCAUUUAAGUGGUAAAAAAAUUAUGACAAAUAGCAAUAAGGAUUUGGGAAAUGAAACUGAUUUCCACAAUAAAAAUGAAGAAAACACCUUUAAAGCAAAAAAUGAUAAUAAUAUAAAUCAUGAUAAUUGGUUACAAACGGCAAGACAAGCAGUAACUGAAGUACGCGCUAAUCAAUCAAUGGAUUCUGUAGAAAUUGUAAAGCAUUCUAGAAAAGAUAAACUUAUAGAACUGUUAAUUCAAGUAAAGAUAUGUCUUGGGAGUGUUUGGCUCAUCCAGGUCACUAUGUGUAGUCAGAAUUAUAGUAUGGUUGGCAUUGAAUGUCGACUGAUUGUCACUCCUUAGGGAUAACUUUAUUGA